ACCACCUUUUAACUAGUUCACAGUCCUUGUUUGCAGCCAUUAUUUCAGUAGAGUCCUCGUCAUUAAAACUAAUCUGGGUUACGAACGAUCGACCAAACGAGGAUUCACUCAUUAUACGCGGCGGGUUUCGCGGUCAAUUUCUUGAGAGCCAUUUCGGGAUUCUGGACCAACUGCAAGGCAUAACGAAUCCCAGCUAACUGGUCAGGCCAGACCAUGAACCGGUUGGCAAGUCUCCUGGGCAUCAUUGUGACCGUCUUCGUACUCGUACCGGUACAAGGCCACAUAUCAUUCCAGUACUGCAGGCCGAAGUGCCCAGAGUGUCCACAGGCGGGUCUUAUCCCCUUGGAGGAUUGGCAACUGAGAGAGAUCCAGAAUGCCCAGAAGAGGGUCGCCGCUCUCAAGACCAACCGCAGCAUGACUUAUAGCAACACCAGGCCCAUUGUUUCAGGCUUUACAACCAGUCAGAAGGAACAAAUGAGGGAAUUAUUCGGCCAAUACUUCAGCAGAGACAAAACAUCAGUUGACGAAGACUUCAUGUUGUUUGACGAAACUAACCCAAGUAGUCGACGGCGAAAGCGCGACCCCGAUGAUCACCUGACUCGGGUCUGUCCGGUUAUCCGAACUCCGAAUGUUCUUGUGACAGUCUAUGAUGCGGAUGGCAACGUCUUACAAGUGAUUCAGGCCAAUGGUCAUACACAACCGAUGUUCCGUGAGAUUUGUGCAAGCCCUCUCUCACCGCAUACAAUCGAUGCUUCAUGUAUGUCGGCUGUACGGUUUGCUUACAUGGUGGGCUUCCACGUUGACUUGAACAACCAACCAACGCAUAUCCAAGCUUAUCGUAUUCAGAUCGAGUCCUGUACCUCGGUCAUGUCAACGGGAUGACCAAGGUUUACAUAAGAAAUAUGGACCAGACACAAAAUAUGAAUAAAGUCCGACAGGCAGUGAAAAAUAAACAAUUAACAUAUUUAUUUAUUUAUCAAUUACUUAAUUAAUUAAUUUAUUUAUCUAUUUAUUUAAUUAUUUAUUCAUUUAUUUAUUUAUCAAGACC